AUGACUCUUCAUUCAACAUUUACCUCAGUCGAUGCUCCUAACAAACCGCUUCUUGUUUGCAUGUUACUACACAUAAAAUUGUUUGGACAAAAUCUGCAUUUUCUAGUUUCUCCAUUCCAUUCCAUACAUUUUCCAUUUCUCCAUCCCUUCUCCUCUCCUCUCCUCUGCAGCACCGCCAUCCUCUCCCUCAUGGGAGAUCUUCGAGACUCAGAAACACAUAAUUUUUACUACAUUCUUGGUGUUCCAAAGACUGCAUCCCUCCCUGAUAUUUGCAGAAAAUACAAAACUCUUAUUGUCAAAUGGCAUGCUGACAAAAAUCCCAAAAACAAAGCGGAAGCUGAAGCCAAGAUCAGAUCCAUCAAUGAGGCCUAUAGGGCGCUUAGCAUUGUAAAGAAAAGACAAGCAAAUUUAUCAAAUGGAGAUGAGCCAAAAAUACCAAACUAUUACAAAACGGAUGAUGAAUUCUACAUUUCUAGCCCUACGCUUCUUUCACGUUCAAGCAGCCAACGCAGCCCAUCCCCAAGUCCAAGAAAUUUGUCCAGAAAUUCAAGCUGA